AUGGUGUCUACGAAGUUCUGUUUCUCUGCUGCGCUUAUGGGUGUGCUCGCCUCGAUGGUGGCUGCUGCUCCUUCGAACAUUGCUCGCCGCACCACCCCUGACAACCAGGUGUGGGUGACCAGCGUGGCUGACCACUGCAUGAUUCUCCCGCGUCACAAGAUGUCGAUCGGUGACAGCGAGCAGCCCGGCGGUAUGAAGUCGUACUGCACCAAGCCCUACGACAAGUCGCAGGGUCAUCUCGCUUCGGACUUCUGGAGUGAGGUCCACUUCAAGAAGACCAAGCACUACGUCCAGCUGACUGGUUGCAUUCGUCCUGAGGUGCAGAGCACUCUUCUCCGCAAGGACGACGGUGGUCAGUACGACUCGAACGGUGGUGACGGUGGCCGCGGUAACCCGCGCGACUCGGUCUGCCUUGGCUACUCGUCGUACGUGGAGCUUGUCGAGCCUACUGCUCGCCGUGCCUGCAUCCGUUGCUGCGUUGAUGACAAGUACUGCAACGUCAACAACGACGAGGACGGUUGCGAGUCUGUCAUUCCUGGCCAGUACUGCUAA